AUGCAGCUCAAAAUGUUCUGUCAUUUCUCUCGUACUUUGAUCAAUCUCGAUUCUCACAAUCGGAACCAUCCAGAAAUGAGAUCAAAAUUAGGGUCAAUUGACGCGGAAAAGAGAAAUUAUAGUGAAAGAGAUUUCGUGCUGAAUAAGAAUAGAAGGAAGGAAUUACAAGACAAACCACGAAAUAAGGAAUUUUGUUUUUCUUUUUUUAAGUCAGUCGUCAAUGCUCCACACAAAUACAGAACCAAAACCUGUUUAUCAUCUCGCGUAUCUUAA